CUGUGUAAAAACAUCACAAUAACAAGAGACGCCUUUUAAUUAACAAUGAUAAUACAGGAUCGUGUCAGGAACGAAAUCAACACUGCCUUGCAAGAGAAUGAGCAGAAGUUUACUAUGAACUUAUUGCAAGACCUACCAUAUUUGGACAGAUGUAUAAAGGAAGCAUUGCGCUUAUACCCCAGCGUGAUUUUCAUAUCACGAAUUCCUGCGGAAGACGUAAAAUUACAGUCAUAUUUGGUACCUGCUGGAACAUUCUUGCAUCUUAACAUUUACGGAGUCCACAGAGAUCCCAAUUUUUGGUCAAAUCCAGAAGUAUUUGAUCCUGAUAGAUUCUUGCCUGAGAAGAUCCGACAUCGCCAUCCUUAUUCGUAUUUACCAUUC